AUGUCUGAAGAAAAGUCCUGUGAUUUGGAGUGUGCCAUCUGCUUCAGCAACUACAACAAUGUCUUCAGAGCCCCUAAGGUGUUGAACUGCGGCCACACCUUCUGCCUGGAGUGCUUGGCCCGCAUGAACAUGAAGUCAAAUGUUGCUGAGGCCAUCCUGUGCCCCCUGUGUCGUGACCUGACAGUGGUUCCCAAGGACGGGUUGCCCAAGUUGGGCAACGACCCGAACAUCCUGUCCUGCCUCCCAGAGGCGAUGCAGAGAAUACACAGCAUCCACUUCAGCCGUGACAAAGGCAUGCUCUUCAAGAAGGGGUCAAGGUCCCAAAGGAUGAAAGAGAAGAAGAAAGUCAAAACGUUCUUUGUAAGCACAGUGAGUCAAAGUCUGGACGUGGGUCACCCAGCCGAACCAGACAGUCAUAGGCAGCAAGACCAGAGCUGCUGCUGGUGGUCUCACAACAAGUGGUUCAUUAUUGUGACAAUUUUUGUUAUCCUGAUGUUUGUGGGUCUUCUCAUCAGUUCCAUUUGGUUUUUUAUGGGCCGUUAGCUAUCGAACAGCAAUGGUUUUAAUUAGCCCAAAAGUCAUAAAUAGUCCUGCAAAAGUUUUUUUAAGCACCUGAAACCAACGAGCACAAGGAACUUCUUCGAGAAUGACAAUUCCUGGUGUGCAGGACAAAGGCUACAGGAUUUGUGGAACAUUGAUAUAGAUUGCACUUUUGUUUUGAUUGUGUUCAUCUGCUAAAUUCAGACCGCGUGUUAAACACUGUUUAUAAUGCCACCUCGACCUUU